AUGUGUGGUUUCUCUGCUUAUUUUCAUUUUGAUACAACCGAGUCAUUCAAGGCUCUUGAUCUUGAAACGUCCUUACAAUACAUUCAGCAUAGAGGACCUGAUUCUAAUGGUACCUUUGUGUCAGACUGUGGUCGAUGUGGCUUAGGUCAUGCUCGUCUGUCUAUCAUUGACUUGGCUGGAGGCCAACAGCCAUUAUCAAACGCAUCUAAAGACAUUCAUGCUAUAGUCAAUGGAGAGCUUUAUGAUUUUGAACGCAUCAGAACAGAGCUUGAACAAAAAGGAUACACAUUCAAGACAAAGAGUGAUAGUGAAAUUGUUUUGCCACUCUAUGAGGAAUAUGGGCUCUCCUUCCUCGAACAUCUCCGUGGUGAAUUUGCUGUUUGCAUCUUUGAUUCAAAAAGAAAUCGAUUCAUCAUUGCUCGUGACCGAUUUGGUAUUAAGCCUCUCUUUUAUACAAUUCAAAACGGUACAUUGCUCGUUGCUAGUGAAAUGAAGGCUUUCAUUCCUAUGGGGCUCAAGGCUGAAUGGAAUGUUGACUGCAUUAUGAAUGGUGGUGAUUUACUUAGUAACAAGACUUGUCUCAAAGGUGUAUAUAAACUUCCACCUGCGCAUUACCUCGUUGCUCAACCCGACGGCUUUGUCGAGGUUCGUUCUUAUUGGGAUGCUGAUUACCCUGAAAAGGAUAUCAAGGAUACUCGUUCUGUCGAAGAAAUGAUACAAGGUGUUCGUGAACGCUUAAUGGAAUCUGUUAGACUUAGAUUACGUGCAGAUGUCCCUGUUGGCGUCUAUCUUAGCGGCGGUAUCGACAGCUCCUGUAUUGCCGGUAUGGCCACAGCCUUACUAAGAGAAAAGAACCCUCAAGCCAAAAUUAAGGCGUUCACAAUCUCUUUCAAGGACAGUAAAGAUCAUGACGAAUCCGCUAUUGCAGACAGAACUGCCCAAUUUAUUGAUGCCGACUUUGAAAAGCUCGAAUUGACCGAGAGUGAUCUACUUGAGAACUUUGAAGAAUCCGUCUGGCACACCGAGGCUCCUCAAGUAAAUUUGAAUGGCGUCGGAAAAUUCAUGCUCUCCAAGCUUGUGCGCGACAGAGGCUAUAAGGUUGUUCUGACUGGCGAAGGAUCUGAUGAACAUUUUGCUGGCUAUGCCUUUUUCCUCCGUGACUAUUUACGUGAACCGGAUAAUGCAGGCCCUGAAGAGUUUAAAGUUACUGAUGACGAACGGGUCGUACUCUCCCAGACCCUUACCGAAAGUCUAGGAAACACAGCUACCAGUGCAAACCUUGUCAAACUUGGUGGCUAUGAGGAGCUUGCCAAAUCGAACAAGGCAGUCAAUGGUAUCACUGGCUACUUGUUUCUUGCAAAAGCAUUUAGCCCUACAUCCGAAAACUUCAAGCCAGAGGUGCUCCAAAAGUAUGGCCAACCCAAUUCUGCUUUUACUAUGGUCGAAGCGAUCAAUGGUAUUGCCCGAGCAAAGGCUAACAAGAAAUGGCAUCCUCUUCAUACAUCUCUUUAUAUCGAAAAUCAUACCAUGCUCCCCAAUUUCCUCUGUAACGCCCUCGGUGAUCGUAGUGAAAUGGCACAUUCUGUUGAAGCUCGUACACCAUUCUUGGACCAUCCUCUCUGUGAAUAUGUAAAUGGUCUUCCUCCUUCUGUCAAGAUCAAGGUUGAAAAGGACGGUAACUUGAAUGAAAAAUGGAUCCUCAAGGAGGCCGUGAAGCCAUAUAUCACUGAAGAGAUUUACAAACGAAUUAAACAUCCUUAUGUCGCACCCUCAUCCCAAGGUAAAGGAGAAGCUGUGACCAACUUGAUAAAUAGACUGCUCAGCAAGGAAAAUAUUGAACGACUGGGUUGGGCAAGCUAUGACAAGGUCUGUGAGUCUAAGCAAGCAUUCUUUGACAGUGGAGAUAUGUUCUUGUUUAGAGAUAUGUUGAUGCUGAUGUCUUAUGUUGUCAUUUCUCAGAGAUUCAAUGUUGCUCCUUAUUCCGUGUAGAUUAACCGUAUAGUUUAUUUAAAUAUCAAAGAAUCUGUAAUAAAACAAGUAAUGUAAACGUAUACUUUGCUAUGUCUCUAUUUAAUGUGAAGGAAUGUCCAACAGUUAUAAAGAGCAUUCGUUACUCUUUUUAGAAAAGCACAAUAAGCCAUUAAGAGAUAAUUAAGAGUAAAUUAAAGCAAGAUAAUGAUAAUAAAAGUGAU